CUUCACAACAUAGAAUACACUAACAUUUAUUAAUGAAAACAAGUGACAACAAGUCAGAGAUAACACGAUAACCUAGUAGUCAGAGCAAGAAGUUUUAAACGUAACAUAGUUCUCCAUGGGUGUGAUCUAACUACAACAAUCAGGAAUUGUUUUGACCGCUUGAAGGUCAUCUGCGGAAAUAGAGUUUGUCUGACCACGGCGGUAGUUUUUGCUCCUGAUGUUGUCCUUAGUGGAGCGAGAAUUCGGGGUUGUGUGCACAGAAGUUGUUCAUUCACCUUGUGAUGUUGAAAUUAAUUGUGAUAUUGAAAAUAAGUGUCUUAACUCCUCCAAUCGCUUUGCUGAAACGUCAUGUGACGACUUUGAAGGGAACCCCCUAGAAAUUGAAAAAAUAGCGAACUUAUCAAUUGAGUCAAGUUUUACUGAUUCACAAAAAGAAUCUACAAUGCCACGCUCAAGAUUCUUCGACUUUACAGGACUCAAACCUCUGGAGCAUAAACCUGUUGGAGGAUAUGUCGAUAACGUACUUUAUUUUGUACGUGAAAAGGGUGAACAGUUGAUUGGGUUAUUUCCAAGGACUAAGACGUCCAAAAGAAUUCUACGCAUUAGUUCAGAGUUUAAUGUUGAUGUAAAUCAUUCAAUUAAAGUAUUAUCUCAAGAAUCAAUGCUUUCUUUUCCUAAUUUUGUUUGCGCUUUUGAGUGCAUGUACAAACUGUCUCACGGGGUAUUCCAAGCUCGAUAUAAAACAUGUGAAGACAAAGUACUUAGUCCCCCUCCAUCUUUUGCUUCUGGAGAAUUGACUGUGAAUAUCGCGCCCUACAAGUCUAAUGAACUGACCUCAAACCUUUUGGAGGAAAUACGCAUUUUAAAAGAUUUAUAUCGAGCUUACGAGUGCGACUCAUCAGUUUGGCUAGCAAACUCUAUGGUUAAUAGUGAACAGGUCAAGGCUGAGUUUCCGAAUAUAUUCGAAUCAGUUGAUCGACCUAAUGGAAAUGCUUAUGGUGUUAAUUUUAAUCGCCUGCUUUCUGGACGAAAAUUGGAUUCAUCUGAAGCUAUUUGGAAUUUAGUUAAAGGAUCUCCAGAUAAACUCACCUUCAGGACCUGCGUUGAAAGUGCUUUUGAGUAUUUAGUCGGCAAAAGUGAGCUAAUUUAUCUUGCUAACCACAACCAUACUCAACUCGCUUGCAGACUACGUCAUCUACACGAUCCCACAGAAACAUACGGUCAAAAUCCCUAUGGACGUUUUAAUUUUGGUAUCGAAACCCUUAUCGAAAUUGGUCUCCAUAAAGUAAUAAACGACUGUGUUUAUCUUCUCGAGAGUAUAAUUCCAGAGUCCUAUACAUUUUUUGAAAAAGACAAACAAAGUGAAUGGAAUUUAGAAAGUCAAUGGGAUGUAUUACACCAUUUAUAUAAGUCCGUAUCAUUUUUGUUAUGUCUUGGAUCAAUGAUAUCGAAAUCAUCUUUAAUUUCUGAAUUAAGAAAAAUUAUGGCUCAAGAAUCGCAAAAAAAUGAAUGGAAAUCUGCACUGUACGAGCCUAAUAAUAAGCCAUUUUGUAUGACUCAUAGUUUCUCUCUACUUGUAUCUGAGUUAGUUGUCCCGCUAUCGGAGUUAUCUCCAGAUCUUUGGAUUAUGCGCAUAGAUGGCAAGCAUCCUGUGCCAACAUCAAUACGCAUCAUUUACGAAUCGGUUAAAAAAGACGGACUAGAACAAUAUGCAUGCCAUAAGUUACGAAUGAUUGACAGUUACUGGCCAAAUAUGUCAUAAUUUUGUGUGUUGUACUCAUUUCAGAUCGGAUUCUUUAUUGAUUAGCUAUAUGUUCUAUCAGACAACAGAUGACAAAUAAUAUAAUUUAUUUGAGUUAUUUACUUGAAGAUAUUUUGCAAUAUAUAGUCUUCCCAUAUAUAUAUAUAUAUAUAUAUA